UGUCCCGAGCAGCCCUUCUCUCCGCCGGUAACCGGCGCUGCUGCUGCCGCUGACGGAGAGCGAGACAUACGGAAGGUGGGUGGGGACAUCCGAGUUAUUGUCGGGAUAAACGCACCUCACGCUCGGGCGGUUGAACGCUGAGCUCGCGCUAAUCCGCGCAGGAGAAGACUGAAUAAACAACUCGGCGUUGGCCAAGGCUUGAUUUUAGGAAUCUGACACCAUGACUGCAGAGGAGAUUAUAAACAUUAAAGAAGCAGAGAUAAUCAAGCUGAUCCUGGACUUUCUGAACUCCAGAAAGCUCCACAUCAGUAUGCUGGCGCUGGAAAAAGAGAGUGGCAUCAUUAAUGGGCUUUAUUCAGAUGAUAUGCUCUUCCUGAGGCAACUUAUAUUAGACGGGCAAUGGGAGGAAGUUUUGCAGUUCAUCCAGCCUUUGGAGUGCCUGGAUAAAUUUGACAGAAAGAAAUUUCGAUAUAUCAUCCUAAAACAGAAGUUUCUGGAAGCUCUGUGUGUAAACAACGCCAUAUCUGCGGCAGAUGACCCUGAGAAUCUGGAGCUGACUAUGCAAGACGCGGUAAAGUCCCUUCACUCCCUGGAAGAGUUCUGCCCAACCAAAGAAGACUACAGCAAACUCUGCCUGCUCCUAACGCUUCCGCGCCUCACCCACCAUGCCGAAUUCAAGGACUGGAACCCCAGCACGGCCCGCGUGCACUGCUUCGAGGAGGCCUGCUCCAUGGUGGCCGAUUUCAUCCCCGCCGACCGCAAACUGAGCGAAGCCGGAUUCAAAGCCACCGGCGACCGUCUGUUCCAGCUCCUCAUCAAGGGAAUCCUGUAUGAAUGCUGCGUUGAGUUCUGCCAGAGCAAAGCCACUGGAGAGGAAAUCAAUGAGGAGGAGGUUCUCCUCGCCGUCGAUGUCCUGUGUGGGAACGGUUGUGAGGAACUGGACUUGAGUUUGUUGUCUUGGCUGCAAAACCUCUCGCCGUCGGUCUUUGCUUGCGCGUUUGAGCAGAAGACCCUCAGCAUCCACGUAGACCGGCUCGUCAAACCGGUCCGGACGGGUCACGCAGAUCUUCUCACUCCACUGCUCACCAAACUCUCGCCCUGCCCAGCGUCGCCUCUACGGCGUCCUCAAUCGGCGGAUACUUACAUGUCCCGCUCUCUCAAUCCCGCCCUGGACGGUCUGUCCCAUGGCUUGGUGGGAAGAGAAAAGAAAAGCACGGAAGGUGACGGGAAAGCAGCGGCCAUGUCACAGUCGUUCGCCAACUUUGGUUAUCCUUCAGGAGGAAAUGGAAGCAAAAAUGUGAUGGAGAGCAAUGUCAGUGAAUCGCCCGACAGAGCUCCGGACGAGUGGAUAAACAGCUCAGGAGGAGCGAACUCACCGCGUCCUCCACUGACUCCUGGCAGAGAUGGUGGAGCCACGGCUUCAGCUGAAAAAUCGGAGGAGCAGCUUCAGGAGUUCCAGCGGCAGCGUCUGCGCGUGCAGCAGCAUCUCGAGCAGAAGCAGCAGCAGAGGCAGCUGUACCAUCAGAUGCUGCUGGAGGGUGGAGUUCAUCCCCCAGAUCAGCCCACAGACGCAGCGCAGCACAGUCUCACACAGAAGUUCCUCAACAGGUCCAUUCAGAAACUGGAGGAGCUGAACGUGGGAAUGGAGGACCUGGGUGAAGACGUCCAGGCUUUGGCCCAGCAGUGUAACGGUACGGCAGCGAGCGGAGCCGGUAAACAGACCCCAGAGACCGGCUCAGGCCUGAACAAGACUGCGGUGAUCAGCAGCACCCCUCAGAAGGGAGGAGGCCGAGGCAUCCCAUCUCUGGACGAGUCCCCAGUGCUGGUCAACAAGAGGUUUCUCACAACCUUCAACCUAAAAGAUGAAAUAACUCUGGUUUGUGAGCUGUUUGUAAUGCUGAUGCAUCAUGACAGUGUGUUUCAGGACGAGAAACCCAAAUUUGUUGCAGUUCAGACGUUGGAGGACACGCAGGCUGUGCGCGCGGUCGCCUUCCACCCGUCCGGGACCCUCUAUGCAAUCGGCUCCAACUCCAAAACACUGCGCGUCUGCACUUACCCACAAUCCCUCCAAACCAGCGCUCAGGGUCCAGUAAAGCAGCCUGAGAUCUGCUUCAAGCGUAUUAAACACCAUAAAGGUUCUAUUUACUGUGUGGCCUGGAGUCCGUGCGGCCAGCUUCUCGCCACAGGCUCCAAUGACAAGUACGUCAAAGUUCUUCCGUUCAAUGCGGACACCUGCAACGCCACAGGUCCUGAUCUAGAGUUCAGCAUGCAUGACGGCACCAUCAGAGACCUGGCGUUUAUGGAGGGUCCCGAGAGUGGAGGGGCGAUCCUGAUCAGCGCUGGCGCUGGAGACUGUAACAUCUACACCACUGACUGCCAGAGAGGACAGGGGCUGCACGCUCUCAGCGGACACACGGGACACAUCCUGUCUCUGUACACGUGGGGCGGGUGGAUGAUCGCCUCUGGCUCUCAGGACAAGACGGUGAGGUUUUGGGACCUGCGUGUGCCCAGCUGUGUGAAGGUGGUUGGGACGGCCCUGCAUGGAACAGGAAGUGCUGUGGCCUCGGUGGCAGUGGAUCCCAGUGGGCGGCUCAUGGCCACCGGAUUGGAGGACUGUCGCUGCAUGCUUUAUGACAUCAGAGGAGGUCGAAGCGUCCAGGCGUAUCGGCCGCACACCAGCGACGUGCGCUCAGUGCGCUUCUCUCCUGGAGCCCACUAUCUGCUCACCGGCUCCUACGACAACAAAGUCAUGAUCACUGACCUUCAGGGGGAUCUGACCAAACCUCUGCCAGUGAGUGUGGUGGCUGAACACGCUGAUAAAGUGAUCCAGUGCCGCUGGCACACCACAGACCUGUCCUUCCUGUCCUCCUCAGCUGAUAAGACGGUCACACUGUGGGCCUAUCAGCCUUAACCCCAGCAGAAGACAAACACAAGAAAACACAGGCGUGAAAGAGUGUGUCCGUGUGUGUGUGUGUGUGUGUAGUAUUUCUUUGUAACAUUACUCCAGUACACUCACGUGAGGAAAAAAAAAAAAGAAACGACUGUUGCUUCUCAGUCCUAGUCAUGUCUACAUGAAAUUGCAUGUCUACUGGAAGAAACAGCUUUAUUGUCAAAUGUAUUGCAGUUCACUUAAAAACACGAAAAAAGCCACGUGUAGCAUUGCUUCUAUAUUUUGCUAUUUGAAGUGAACGAAACGGUCCUGAACAUGUGAGCUGAAUUGUGCCUUGAGGUGAUGUUCUCUGUAGUAACACUUAUCGAACUGAAUGUCUUGUAAAUAUGAGCUUAUUUAAUGCUAAGAUCAUUGUAUAGCACACGUCACUAUAGACCUCACUCUUUCAGCAUCUGUUUAUGCCGCAUGAAGAGUCAUGUCUUUAUUCAAAUAAAUAUAAAUGAAGCAACGCUCCGUAAAUACUGAGGAUAAAAGUUUUGUGAAAGUCGUCCUCCUCAGUGUUGAUAUGGUUUCACGCAUUUUUAGGAAUGCUUUUAUUUUGGAUCAUCAUUUUCCUAAUGCGUAUAUUUAUGUGCAUAAUAUGCAUCACUUUUGAGCAUAAAUCGAGCACCUUUUUGUAUCGACGCAGAGGACAGUUAGAGCACUCUGUCAGUCACCCGUUGUACAAAGAAUGUGAUAGUCAUUUAUUUGAACAUGGAAAUAAACACAGUUUUGAAAC